CACUUUCACCACAGAAAGAGCGAUAAAAAAAAUGAAAUUCAAUAAUAAAAUUGUCAAUAUAUAAAUAUAAAAUUGUCUAAUGUUGUGGACUGUUGACGACCUUGGCAUAAGAACGAACAAAUCAAAGCUAUUUUUUUCUCUCUCUUCAACAUUCAACGACAUUAAGAUUUUAAUUGUAUACAUGUGACAUUUUAAAACAUUAUGAAAAUGAAAAUGUUACAAAAUAUGAGCUUAUUAACCUUUGUCCUUUUUAUUUUAAUCAUCCAUGUGUGUUCAACAAUACCAGAAGAUACAGGGCCAGUCUGUUUUGGUGAAUAUGGUUGUUUUAAUAAAUCUGAAAUUCAUAAAGAUUGGCCAUCAAAAAAUCAGAUUGGACAUUAUCCUGAAUCACCGGAAAAACAGAAUGUAACUUUUAAUUUAUUUUCCUGCCAAGAUAGAUAUAAUCCAACAGUGUUGAGAUAUGAUGUUAUUGAAAAUGAAAUAAGAAACAUGAACUAUGAACCAAGAAAUCGUACAAUUGUCAUAAUACAUGGUUAUACGGAUUUUUAUAAUCAAUUCAAUUGGAUGGGCAAUCUAAAAGAUCAUGUUUUGUCGAUGAAAUCUUGUGAUUUAAAUAUAAUCAUAGUCGAUUGGAGUCGUGGAUCAAAAACAUCUCCAAAUUAUUUACAAGCAGCAGCUAAUGUACGAGUAGUUGGCGCUGUGGUAGCAUCAUUCAUUAAUCGAUUGAAUCAGGUUUAUCAGACAACCAAUGAUCAUUUUACAAUUAUUGGCCAUAGUUUAGGUGCACAAGCUGCCGGUUUCACUGGAAAACGUUUACGGCAACCAAAAGCACGAUUAAUAAUUGGUCUUGAUCCAGCUGGUCCAGCAUUCAGUGAUGUAAGUGUAGAGAAUCGUCUGAAUCUGAAUGAUGCACAAUUGGUUCUCUCGGUACAUACAAAUGGAGGCAUCAAUGUUUUGGAUGGAUUAGGAAUAUUAACACCUGUUGGUCAUUAUAGCUUUGUACCAAAUGGUGGCGAAAACCAACCAGGUUGUGAACCAGUACAUGGUAUACCGGGUGUUUUAAUAAAUGGUCUUGCCGAAGGUUUAUCAGACGCUAUUGCCUGUUCACAUAGACGUGCAUAUUUAUUGAUGACUUAUGAAGAACAAAUGUUUGAUAAUUUUGAAACCAAUGCUUAUCGUUGUGAUAAUUAUACGGAUUUUGAAGCUGGUAAAUGUGGAAUUUGUCGGGAUGGUUCAGAUGAUUGUAAACCAUUUGGACGAUGGUUUGAUUAUUGGCAAAGACAAAAACCGUCACGAGAAUCGACAUCACCAAUUGUCUAUUUUGUAGACACACGAAACGAAAUGCCAUAUUCAUAUUUUUUCUAUCAAAUCAGGGUAAAAACAGGCAAUAAUUUCGAUAGCUAUAAUGGACGUUUGGAAAUGAAUUUAACUGGUUCUUUACGAAACGAUUUUGCCGAAAAUAUUAAUAUGGAACAUAGAUUUGAACCAAAUCAACAAUAUACCUAUUUACAUAAAUCAUUCAAAUCAUUAGGACGAAUAAUAAGAAUUGAUGCUCAACUACAAGACAAAGUUGAACAAAAAUCCGGAAUUAAAAAAUUAAUUGGCAAUGCAGUUGGAAAGAAAAAAGAACAAAACAUUAUUGUUGAUGAGAUUCAAAUUAAUUAUAUGAAUGGAUAUACAGAAAGUAAACGUCGACAAUUAUCGGCCAUUAUGAGAAAACCAAAUACAAUUAUUACAGCAAAUGAAAUUGUUACAUUUCAGCCAUCCACAAACAGUAAUAAUGAUAAUGGUAGUAAAAACAGGACAAACAAUCGUCCACAACGGCCGACCAACAAUACCAAUGGCAUCAACAACAACAACAACAACAACAACAGAAACAACAACAACAACAACACAGCAGCAACAACAACAACAAAUUAUGGCAUUCAGUUUCAAUGA